AUGGCUAGCCGUUCUUCGGAUCCCUACAUGGCAGAGCACGAUACUCCUCGCCAUAGCCUCGAAAAGCAUGACACUCGCUUGACCCGAACAUCAACCCGUCGAACACUCGAACGAUACGAGACAAGACCGACCCAAGAUGCCUCGGAUGUCUUGGACCUGCCCUACGACAUCCUCAGCGACGAGGCUGAUAUGCAAGAGUAUCUCACUGAGACAGCCACAGGUGUCAUACCAAAGAGGACGGUAUCCAAAAUAAGUGGCAGAGUUGAAGAUCACGAGUUGGUCACAUUCAAACUCAACGAUCCAGAGAAUCCCAAGAACUGGACCAAGCCCUAUAAAUGGUGGUGUACCAUGGUCGUCGCCUUCACUUGCUUCGUCGUCGCGUUCAACAGUGCCGUGAUUACAGCAGACUUGGAAGGUGUCUCAGAGGAGUUCCAUGUGUCUGAGGAGGUCGCGCUCCUCACCAUCACCAUGUUCGUUAUAGGUUUUGGAGUUGGGCCCAUGGCAUUCGCGCCAUUGUCGGAAAUGUACGGUCGCCAACCUGUUUAUAUCAUCACUAUCGCUAUCGCAGCCAUCUUUGAGAUCCCCUGCGCUGUUGCCCAAAAUAUCGGCACAUUACUUGUCUGUCGACUGAUUGACGGCAUUGCCUUUUCUGCUCCUAUGACCCUGGUCGGCGGCACACUGGCAGACCUAUGGAAGAACGAAGAGCGAGGUGUUCCCAUGGCCUUCUUCAGUGCGGCUCCUUUUAUUGGCCCUGCCAUCGGCCCUCUAGCAGGAGGCUUUCUCGGAGACGCCUCUGGCUGGAGAUGGCUGUACUGGAUCCAGCUCAUCAUGACCGGUGUCUGCUGGAUGUUCCUCACCUUCACUAUUCCCGAGACAUUCGCGCCCGUCAUCCUGGACCGACGAGCCAAGAAACUCCGCCAGGAGACCGGCGAUAACAUUUACGUGACUGAGAAGGACCUCGACGCCCGACCUUUCGGCGAACAACUGCGAAUCUUCCUCAUCCGACCUCUCCAGCUGCUGUUCCUCGAGCCCAUCGUCCUGCUGAUCUCCUUGUACAUGUCAGUUCUGUACGGCCUUUUGUACAUGUUCUUUGUCGCCUACCCCAUCGUCUAUGUCAAUGGCAAAGGCUGGAGCGAAGGUAGCACAGGUCUCAUGUUCAUCCCUCUGGCGAUCGGUGUCGUUCUCUCCGCCGCGUUGUCCCCCUUCGUCAACAAGCACUACCUAUAUCUCUGCUCGAAGGCCCCCGACGGCAAACCUCCCGCUGAGGCCCGCCUCAUCCCUAUGAUGUUUUCCUGCUGGUUCAUCCCCGUUGGCCUGUUUAUCUUCGGAUGGACUUCUUACCCCGAGAUCUCUUAUUGGGGGCCGAUGAUGGGUGGCUUCCCCGUGGGCUUCGGAUUUAUCUUCCUAUACAACUCGGCGAACAAUUAUCUCGUCGACACCUACCAGCACCAAGCAGCGAGUGCUCUCGCCGCCAAGACCUGCAUUCGAAGCUUUUGGGGUGCUAGCGUCGUUCUUUUCACUAAUCAAAUGUACGACACACUGGGAUAUCAGUGGGCCAGUUCACUACUGGCAUUCAUUGCUCUGGCAUGCUGCUUAAUUCCUUAUGUGUUCUACUUCAAAGGUGCAUCUAUUCGCAAGCAUUCUCAUUUUGCUUUCUCAGAUGAAGACGAGCAGGACACCCUUCCUGCCGAUAAAGUGUGA